AUGGCGUCUAUGAAAAGAGUAGCCCUGAAGGACAGCGUAGAUGUGGAUCAGGGACCUCCAAGCCUCACCGCCUAUGUCAGCAGUGAAGGUCGAAUACAGUACGACAGGCCAAUGAAGGUGACCAGCACCUGUAAUCUGGACAUCUUCCACUUUCCUUUUGACCAACAGAACUGCACGUUCACCUUCAGUUCCCUCCUCUACACAGUUAAAGGGUAUAAUAUCUUAAAUCCUUCUUGUAACAAGGAAGGGGAUGAAAAAAAAAAGGGCAAACAUUUCAGCAUCAAUUGUUCAGUCUUUGAGCAGCGUGGCGUAGACCCUGCUGUCUUCCAGGCUAUAUUUAACCAGAAGGACUUCCGUCCAGUAAUCAACUACAGCAUCCCCACUCAUAUCAGCAUCUCCUUCACCCUGUCUGCCAUCCUUAAAGUGAUCUGGAGUCACCCAUUCAUCAGCUGGGACCCAGGAGAAUGUAGUGAUAUCAAUAAACUCACUGUGACAUCUGAGAACCUGUGGCUCCGAGACAUCUUCAUCGUGGAAUCCAACGAUGUGGAUCACACUCUGGAUGGCCUCUCCGCCUGUGUGACUAAUGAAGGUCGCGUUGUGUACAACAAACAGUUGCAGGUGACCAGUAUCUGUAACCUGGACAUCUACUUCUCUUUUGACCAGAAGAACUGCACCCUCACUUUUAGCUCUUUCCUCUACACAGUGGAAAACACGUUGCUGGGCAUGGACAAGGAAGUGUGGGACAUAACAGACACCUCGCAUGACAUUGGCCACACACAAGGGGAGUGGGAGCUCCUGGGCAUCAACAAGGCCACCCCGAAGAUACCUGUGGGCUUCAGCCUUUUUGACCAGAUCAUGUUCUAUGUGGCCAUCAGGCACAGGCCCAGCCUCUACGUCAUAAGUCCCCUGAUGCCCAGUAGCUUUCUGAUCACCAUCGAUGCCCUCAGCUUCUUCCUGCCAGUAGAAAGCGAGAACCGCGCCCCAUUCAAGAUGACACUCCUGCUGGGCUACAACGUCUUCCUGCUCAUGACGUUGAAUGACUUACUCCCUGCCAGUGGCACCUCCCUCAUCAGUGUCUACUUCGCCCUGUGUCUGUCACUGAUGGUGGUCAGCCUGCUGAAGACCAUCUUCAUCACCUACCUGCUGCACCUGGCCACCAUCCAGCCCCCACCCAGGCCUCGCUGCCUCCGUUCCCUGCUUCUACACUGCACCAACCCAAGGAAAUGCUGCCCUGCCGCUCUCUGGAAGGAGGAUGUGGGCCUGGGCCUCACACCCACCCACCUGUCUGGACAGAAGGAGCCAGGGGAAUUGGGAGGGAAGGAGCUGGGACCCAGAGAGGCAGAACUGAAUGGUGGCUCAGGAUGGACAAGGGCCCGGCUAGCUGACCUGUGGGUGCAUUUCAGCCACAUGAUGGACACCCUGCUCUUCCGCAUCUACCUGCUUUUCUUGGCCACCUCCAUCAUCCUCUGGAACACCUAG